AUGACUGUGGUUGAGUAUGAGGCCAAGUUUACUAAACUGGCUAGGUUUGCACUGCAUAUGGUCAACACCGACUAUAAAAAUGGGAGAAAAUUUGAUGGCAGUCUAUGUAACGAUAUCCUGGAAAGGGUGAAUGUACUGAAAUUGCCUACUUAUGUUGAUGUGCUAGAUCAGGCUUUAAUGUCAAAAACUAAUAUGGGCAAUGAAAAUAAAUCGUCUGAAUGGAAAGGUAAGAGACAAGGCUUCUUUUCAAAGAAGAAGAUAUUUAAGAAGCAAAGUACUGGUUCAUCGAGUUCUAGCUCUUCAAGGGACUCUGCACCAACAUGUAACAUCUGUGGUAGAAAACAUCGAGGGGUUUGUUACCACACAUUUGGGGCAUGCUUUUGGUGUGGAAAAACUGGGCAUAUGGUUAAAGAUUGUCCGCAGAAUGACCAAAAAGGUGGAAGGUUGUUCGCUAUUUCAACUGGAUAUAUCCCUGUACCAGGGAACACUGUGAGACCUACCGCUACCAAAGACAUAAUGAGGCAAGGGAGAGUCUUUGCACUCAUCCCAGGUGACACAUGGAAUACUGAAGUCGUUGUCUCAGGUACUAUCUCCACGUGUAAUCAAGAUACUUUUGUGUUAAUUGAUUCUGGAUCCACACAUUCCUUUGUGUCUACUAUAGUUGCAUCUAGAUUGAAUAGACCCCUAGAAUCAUUACCAUAUCUAUUGUGUGUAUCUAUUCCAUCUAGGGAAUCUGUGUCAUGUGCAUUUGUGUAUCGUAUUUGUGAUAUGCGUAUUGGCAAUGCUACUUUAUAUGUGGAUUUGUUACCGUUGGACAUUAGACAUUUUGAUGUGAUUUUGGGUAUGGAUUGGUUGUCUAAAUACUAUGCGACCAUCAAUUGUGUAACAAAACGAGUUAUGUUUAGACCACUAAGGCAUGAAGAAUUUGAGUUUGUUGACAGUUUUUCUGUUCAUAGGGACUUUCUAGAUGUAUUUCCUGAUGAACUGCCAGGGGAAUUGGUUGACAGAGAAAUAGAGUUUACUAGUGAUGUUGUACCAGGCAUCCAACCUAUCUCAAAAAGCCCCUUACAGAAUGUCUACUGUUGA